UUCCCUGGAAAUCGACGACAUUUGCUCUUCUCGUCCCGUUGAUAAAGUAUAGAUUGUCAGUGGAAAAGUUCUUUCUCCAAAACCACCUGCUAAUCUCAGAGAUUGUCGAGAUGUCUGGAAUAUGUUGCGUGACGAACUGUAGGAAGCGACUAGAGAGGAAUAAGAGGAAUGUAAAAUCAUUCUCUUUUCCUAAUGAUGUUAAGCGCCGAAAGCAGUGGAUUCAGGCUGUUCAGAGUGUGCAGAAAAAUUGGAUUCCAUCGUCAUUCAAUCGCAUUUGCAAUGAGCACUUCAAAAAAACAGAUUUCUACACAACUGACAAAAGCAAUGAAUUGCUUUUGAAAGCCUCAGCUGUCCCUACAAUUUUUACAGCUACUGAUAUGGAGGACAAGGAGUUGAAGACGACCAGAAUUAUUAAACCCGAAACAAUUAAACAUGAAAAUGAAAGCGUAUAUACGGAUGCCGAUAUGAUUGAAGAAACAACUGAAAUUUCUCCAAAUGUAAUUGAAGAGUACAUAAUUGAGGAAGAUCCUCUACAUGGGCAGACAGCAUAUAAAUAUGCCGCUACUUCGAGUAAGUUUUAUGGUGGGCAAGAAGAAGCAAGUGAUUCAGAUGAAGAUGCAACGGCAGCACAUAUAGAAACGGAAGCUGAUGAUACGUCAUUGACGCUGAAACUGUCAAAGUUAAUAUCAGAAGAGAAUAUAUCGAGUUCAUGUGCUGAAAAGUUACUAAGUAUCUUGAAGCAGCAUGGGCAUACAGAGUUACCGAAGAAGACAGAAGAACUAUCCACGGAACUUAUUGAGCCGGAAAAUGAAGAAAUUGAACAUAUGAACAAAGUUCUGGAUUAUGUUGCGGCAGAAGCUAAAAAUAUUGAGGCAAAGAUUCAAUUCAAAUUGAACUUUUUGUCCAAAUGCCUCAAUCGUAUUGAGUGUAAAAUGCAAGCUAUGGCAGCUAGGCCUAUGAUGGACAAUGUUGGGGGUCAGGAUAUUUUUACAGGAACAUUCUUGAAUGUUUUCCCAAUUGACACGAUGGAAAAACUGACAGAACUUGAAGAGAAGAUUGAUGAAGAUGAUGAAUUGGAGGCUAAAGUGAGAUCAAUCAUUAGUUCCAAUCCGCGAACUUGGUUGAAGCACAUGUUCAGUGAUGAUCUUAUGGAGCAAUUCAAUUUGAACGGAUCGGGAAACAAGGGCAACUUCAUGGAACUCCGAAUUAUAAAAUGCAUUGAAAAAUAUGUAUCGCGCGGUGACAUCCUCCAUCAGAAACGUCAAUGCAAGGAUCGCUAUAGUAAGACAAAACUGAGACAGAAAAGGAAAACUAUACAAACAACGCAGGAUGCUGAGUGACACUAUUUAAAACUGAAAAAAGACGUAUUUUAUUUUAAAGACAAAAGUGUUAAGAAAAUUGAAGAAAUAAAAAAGGUCUUUUUAUAAAAAUAAUAAA